GCUGUUUUCUUCUUACCUGUCUCGUAGGGUUGCUGUGAGACUGGGAGCUCAGUAAAUAUUACCUGCCGUUGUUACUAUGUGGGCCAAGUGAAGGGUUCUCGCCCAAUUUAUUCAUUUAUUCAAAAGAUACUUGUUGAGGACAUAUUGUGUAUCAGGUUUUCUAGGCUCUGGGGAUUUUGUAGUGUUGGUCCCCAAGCAGGGGCCUUAUUUUCUAAUUCAGGGGAGGGAGAAAGGAGUAGAAGAAUACGGUAAUUUCAGUCGGUGAUAAGUGUCACUAAAGAACUAAAACACAACGAUGUGACAGUGACAGAGGUUAAGGUGGUGUGUUAGGGAACGCCCCUCCGAAGGUCACUGAGCUGAUACGGGAAUGAUUGAAGAGCUGGCUGUGGGGUGAUUGGGGCAGGAUAUGCCAGCAGGGAGAGAUGCCAGUGCAAAUGUCCUGGGGCUAGAGGUGACCUGGGAGGAACAGAAAAAAGGCCUUUGGCAGGAGCAUCAGGCGUAGUGUAAGAGAUGAGCAAAGUAGGGUCCACAUUGGGCAGGGUCUUGGAGGAGUUUGUAUUCUUUUUAAAUGCAGUGGGAAGCCAUCUUAAUGGGAAACUAUGUAUGAAGGGAAGGGAGGUGACUGCUGUGUGGAGAAUGGACUUCAAAGGUCAGGGGGCCAGUGUCAAGUGAGGAGAGGUGGCAACUUGGAGUAGAGAGGUAGCAGUAGAUGCUGAGAAGUGAAGUUCGAGAGAGGGCUUGGGUUGUUGGGGGGCCAGAUAUAGGGGUUACCAAAGAGAGGAAUCUAGAGGGAGUCCGAGGUGGUUGUCUUCAGCAGCUGGGUGGAUGGCGGUACCGUUUACUGAGAUGGGGAAGGCAGGGAGAGGUAACAUGUUUCCGAGGGAAAUUCAAGAGUUACUGAGUUGAGAUGCCCAUGAGGUCCUCAGGAAAGAUGAGGAGAAAGCUGGAGAUGAAAGUUGGGAGUGCUGGGAACCCUGCCUUGGGACUGUAGUGCAGGGAGACCCAGUCCCUGCCGUCGAUGUUGGUAAUCAGGGGCUGUGCCGGCCACUGUGGGAGUCAGUAGACACCUGCGGCUCUUGAACACUUGAAAUAUGUCUGCAACCAUCCCCCUGUUCAUGAAAAACAAAGAUGUCGCUGCAGAGGCGGUCACAGGUAGUGGCAAAACGCUCGCUUUUGUCAUCCCCAUCCUGGAAAUUCUUCUGAGAAGGGAAGAGAAGUUAAAAAAGAAUCAGGUUGGGGCGAUCAUCAUCACACCCACACGGGAGCUGGCUAUUCAAAUAGAUGAAGUCCUGGCACAUUUCACGAAGCCCUUCCCACAGUUCAGCCAGAUUCUCUGGAUCGGAGGCAGGAAUCCUGGAGAAGAUGUUGCAAGGUUUAAGGAACAAGGUGGGAACAUCGUUGUGGCCACUCCAGGCCGCCUGGAGGACAUGUUUCGGAGGAAGGCGGAGGGCUUGGAUCUGGCCAGCUGUGUGAGGUCCCUCGACGUCCUGGUGUUGGACGAAGCAGACAGACUUCUGGACAUGGGGUUUGAGGCAAGCAUAAACACCAUCCUGGAGUUUUUGCCAAAGCAGAGGAGAACAGGCCUUUUCUCUGCCACUCAGACGCAGGAAGUGGAGAGCCUGGUGCGAGCGGGGCUCCGGAACCCUGUACGGAUUUCGGUGAAGGAGAAGGGCGUAGUGGCCAGCAGCACUCAGAAAACUCCUUCCCGCCUGGAGAACUACUACAUGGUAUGUAAGGCAGAUGAGAAAUUUAACCAGCUGGUACAUUUUCUUCGAAAUCAUAAGCAGGAAAAGCACCUGAUCUUCUUCAGCACCUGCGCCUGUGUGGAAUACUAUGGAAAGGCUCUGGAGGCCCUGGUGAAGAGUGUGAAGAUCAUGUGCAUUCACGGGAAGAUGAAACACAAGCGCAAUAAAAUCUUCAUGGAGUUCCGCAAACUGCAAAGUGGGAUUUUAGUGUGCACGGAUGUCAUGGCCCGAGGAAUAGACAUUCCUGAAGUAAACUGGGUUUUGCAGUACGACCCUCCCAGCAGUGCAAGUGCCUUCGUACAUCGCUGUGGUCGUACAGCCCGCAUCGGCCACAGCGGCAGUGCGCUCGUCUUCCUCCUUCCCAUGGAAGAGUCCUAUAUCAGUUUCCUUGAAAUUAACCAAAAAUGCCCCCUGCAGGAGAUGAGACUCCAGAAAAACACAGGAGACCUCCUUCCAAAGCUCAAGUCCAUGGCCUUGGCCGACAGAGCUGUGUUUGAAAAGGGCAUGAAAGCCUUUGUGUCCUACGUCCAGGCUUAUGCGAAGCACGAAUGCAACCUCAUCUUCAGAUUAAAGGAUCUUGAUUUUGCUCGACUUGCUCGAGGGUUUGCCCUGCUAAGGAUGCCAAAGAUGCCGGAGCUGAGGGGGAGGCAGUUUCCAGAUUUCGCGCCUGCGGAUGUUAACACAGACACCAUCCCAUUUAAAGAUAAAGUUAGAGAGAAGCAGAGGCAGAAACUCCUGGAGCAACAAAGAAAAGAGAAAAGAGAAAAUGAAGGGAGAAAAAAAUUCAUAAAAAAUAAAGCUUGGUCAAAGCAGAAGGCCAAAAAGGAGAAGAAGAAAAAGAUGAAUGAAAAAAGGAAGAGGGAAGAGGGUUGUGAUAUUGAAGACGAGGACAUGGAGGAACUUCUCAAUGACACGAGGCUCUUGAAAAAGUUUAAGAAAGGGAAAAUUACUGAAGAAGAAUUUGAGAAGGGGUUGUUUUCGAGUGGCAAGAGAACAGUCCCGACAGCAGAUCUGGGGAUCCCUGAUUCGGAAGAGGACUGCUGACAUUGGCCCCGGGGCACACACAAGUGCAGGGAUUAUGAUGAGUGGCCUGCACCCCGCGCCCCGCAUGGUGCCGCGUGCUUUCAUCGUGUGCCAUACUGCAGCCGGUGCCCGAGCGAGCCGUGUUCACACUGGGGAUGGGGCGGGGGGGGGGGGGCACACUUCACACUCAUGACUGUUAUGAAAACCACACCAGCCUUUAAGGCCAACGGAAGAGUGUAAGACUGAGUGUAAAUAACAGGUCAGUAUUUAUUCUGAUGGGUCACAUCUUAAUUAAAGCUCAUUUUUCUGUGGCUAUUUUAUACUUACUUUCUAACAUAAAGACACUGAGGUAUACUUGAGUUUUGGCUUUUUAAGUUUCCUAGUGUUUUCAGGCAGCUGACCUUCGUGGGUGUCCUUACCCCUGGACUUGAGUUCUUCCUCGAGGAACUGCACAGAACACCUGCGUGGGGCAGCUGCUAUUGCUGGGGUUUUCUUCUUUUCGAAGAAUCGUCUCCACCACAGUUUUGGGAGGGGGGUGGGGGGAGGAAGCAAGUCAUAUUCUAGGGAAAAAAACCUAUGUGUCGAAUAAACUACUUCCUUCCAAUUGUCCUGAGUGUGUGAAUGUGGCUGCAGUGUCUUCGCCAAGAUGGCCAAUCCCUUUGGGCCUCGGGUAGCGCUCAAUACUCAUACAACACCAUAUCAAAAUCUUUCAUGUAAUUUAUUUGAAAAGAUGGCUGAGUUUGUCCCCAAGUACAAUUUUUAAAAAGCUGUUCAGGGAUCAAACACGUUUAAAGGAAAUUCACAUCUUCCACAGAUGCAGACUUUCAAGUUUACAGAUGUUCUGGAAGGUCUUCGUAUGUGUGAGCCACGGAGGCUACUCCUGCUAAAUGUUGUUUCUACCUUCCUUGGGUUUUCUGGGUGGUUUCCAGUCCCAUCUGUCCCAAUUUCGAGGAGGGGAUGGCGGCCCCAGGCUCGUGGUCACCACUGGAAGCCUGAUGUGACUUCAAUCCGGGUUUCCAGCCUCUCAUAAGGCACCGUUUGUAACGUGUCCUGGGCGCCUGUAUGUUCCUGCAGGGGCGCCUGGCUGCAGAUAGGAAUGCCUGCUUUUGCAGGCCUGCAUCUCUUUAAUCGAUGCUUUUGGCAAAUCAGUCUGGAGUGCAGGGAAGAAGGGAGGUGGGCUUGGGCAUGGCUUUCAUUGGUUAAGUAGCCAAUAAUCUAACUUAUAUUUCUGGAAACUGGAAAGUGUCUAGAAACCAUAAACGCAAUUCAGGUUGGGUUUUAGGGAAACCAUGAACACAUUUUAGAUGGGGCUGAAAUGGAUAAAAAAAAUUUUCCAAGUCUUAAGGUUUAAGUCCUUCGUCCCUAAGUCUUCAUUAAAAAAAAAAAAAAAAUU